AUGGACAAAGUGACAACCUGCACCAAUUCCAAUGGAACAAGUGAUGGCUGUGAAGUAAUUACUGGGGAUGUCCCCUCUCACGUAAUUGAAAUCUAUGAGGAAGACCCCAUUUCCGCUCCUCCUGCGUCGGCAUCUCAUCAACCCUCACCUUGUGGAGGCAGAAUUCUAUCAAACACAGCUAAUGAUGCAGCCAUAGAAGAUAACAAGAAUUUGAAUGAUGCAAUUGAUGAAGAAGAAUCGAACUCCCCCAAGAGCAGCUAUGUGGAGAUGUCCAAAUCCUUUGAUGAUGUUUUAGUCACGUUAGAUGGCCUUCAAGGACAAGAAGAACCUCAACCGAAGAUACAAAAGGUUCCUUACAUCUUACGUGAUACCAACAAUUUUAAGAAAUACUAUGAACCAAGGGUGAUUUCAAUAGGCCCUUACCACCAUGAAAAUGCAAAUCUGAAGCUGAUGGAAAGUUUGAAACUUAAAUUAGCAUGUGCAUUCAUUAAAGAACAUCGUUUGAGCAAAGAUUUUUUAUUUGGCGAAAUUAAGAAAAAGAUCAAAGAUUUGAGAAAAUGCUAUGAGGAGGAGAAAAUAAAAUGCUUCAAUGAUGACCAACUUGCCUGGAUAUUUUUUGUGGAUGGUUGUACAGUACUUCAAUAUAUGUACUAUACUACGCAGCAAAAUGCUCAUGAGAAGUUCAAGGAUUUGAGAAUAAAAGUCGAUUGCUUAGUAUUAAUACGUCAAGAUUUGUUCUUGCUAGAGAACCAGCUUCCUUAUCAAGUCCUUCAUAUAUUAAUAAGCUGCUUCAGUAACAAUAGUGAGAUGAUGAGGAAAUCAAUCGAUAAGUUCAUCUUUGAUAGCAUUAAGGCACCAAGAGAGGAACAUCAGCAACGCCAAGAGAAACAUCCCACUCAUCUUCUCGACUUGUUGCGAACAACGAUGCUCCUAUCUGUUGGCGAAAACCAAAUGCCAGGCUCUAUAAGUCAACGGAUAAUUCAGCAUUUGUUCGAAUUCGUAACUGCGCCAGUUGACAAAUUUAGAGAUUGGAUUGAGUGCAUGGGCAAGGCAGUUGAGAAUUUUCUUUAUAAACAAACACACGGACUCCAAUUUUUUCGUAAUGUCGUGGAACUUCAAUCUGCAGGGAUUAGAUUGAGGCCUCGUAAUAAAGGUUGUUUGACAGACAUUACUUUUAGUCUUGGAACAUUGAAGAUUCCUCCUAUUAUUGUGGACGACUCAACAGGAUCCAAGUUCUUAAACUUGAUAGCCUAUGAAAGGUGUCCAGAUUUUUUUAAUGAUUUCGGGGUGUCCUCUUAUAUAGCUUUUCUUGAUGAACUCAUUGAUUGUGCACAAGAUGUCAAGCAAUUACGAGAUAAGAAAAUACUUGUUAAUUCGCUUGGUAGUGAUGAUGAGGUUGCUAAACUAUUCAAUGAGAUUGGAACCAAGUUAGUGCCAGAUCCUGACAAAUAUUUAGAUGUUAAAAGGAAUAUCCAAAAACGUUACAACAAUAAAUGGAUGACGUGGAUAUCUCACUUCUAUCACAGACAUUUCCAAAACCCUUGGACUGGGCUUGCUUUUCUUGCUGCAAUACUAGCACUUGCUUUAGCUGCCGUUCAGGCUAUUUAUGCUGUUUUGAGUUAUUAUAAAUGA